UAUCGGAGCCGGCUUCAUUUGUUUAUUUAUUGCUGAAACUUUGGAAAAUGUCGGGUAAAAACAGGAAGCGCACGGCCAGCAGCAGCAGCAGCGCCGAGGAGCCGGACAGCGAGGAGGAGUCGCGCCUGAAGGAUCUGCAGGAGCGCGAUGCGUUCGCCAGCAGGCUCAAGCAGCGCGACGAUGACCGCACGCGCAAGGUGGUGGAGUCCACCGGCGGACGCAAGGCCAUCGAUGAGGCCGCCAAGCGGCUGAAGCUGGAGCACGAGGAUCGGGACAAGAUCGUGCCCCACCUGCGCAUCCAGUCGCGUCGCCAGUACUUGGAGAAGCGCAAGGACGACAAGGUGGCCGAACUGGAGGCCGACAUCCUGGACGAUGAAUACCUCUUCGAUGAGAGCGUGCUAACCAAACGGGAGAAGGAGGAGCGCCAGUACAAGAAGCAACUGUUGAACAUUGCCAAGGAGCAUGAAAAGGCGAGGGAACUGGAGCGCAUUCAGCGUUAUCAUAUGCCACAGGACUUGAAGAAGGGCGAGCGGUCCGAGUAUGUUGAGGUGGAUGACUUCGAGAAGCAACCCAACUCAGAGCAGAAGAAAUGGGAGGCGGAGCAGUUGGCCUCGGCGCGUUUCCAGUUCGGUGCCAAGGAUGUAAAGGCGGAGGAGGAGUACGAGUUGCUCCUCGACGACCAGAUUGACUUCAUCCAAGCUCUCACGCUGGACGGAAGUCGCGAAAAAUCCUCAAGCCGGCAGCCGGAACUCACGGAGAAGGAGCGUAAACGUUUGACGUUGGAAGAGACCAGACGAUCGCUGCCCGUAUAUCCCUUUAAGGACGAUCUAAUAGCUGCUGUGAAGGAGCACCAGGUGCUCAUCAUCGAAGGCGAAACGGGAUCGGGAAAAACAACCCAGGUGCCGCAGUAUCUGGUCGAGGCCGGCUUCACCAAGGACAAGAAGAUGAUUGGGUGCACACAACCGCGUCGAGUUGCCGCCAUGUCGGUGGCAGCGCGUGUGGCCGAGGAAAUGGGCGUGAAGCUGGGCAACGAGGUGGGCUACAGCAUCCGUUUCGAGGACUGCACCUCAGAUCGCACCAUUCUCAAGUACAUGACUGAUGGUACACUGCAUCGAGAGUUCCUCUCGGAACCGGAUCUGGCCUCCUACAGUGUCAUGAUCAUCGACGAGGCUCACGAGCGCACACUGCACACGGACAUCUUGUUCGGCCUGGUCAAGGAUAUUGCGCGAUUUAGGCCCGAGCUGAAGCUGCUUAUUUCCAGUGCCACUCUAGAUGCGGAUAAGUUCUCCGCUUUCUUCGAUGAUGCCCCCAUCUUUCGGAUACCCGGUCGCCGCUAUCCAGUGGACAUCUUCUACACCAAGGCCCCGGAGGCAGACUACAUCGAUGCGUGCUGCGUUUCAGUUCUGCAGAUUCAUGCCACCCAGCCGUUGGGCGAUAUUUUAGUGUUUCUCACGGGCCAGGAUGAGAUCGAAACUUGCCAGGAGGUUUUGCAGGAUCGCGUUAAGCGACUGGGCUCCAAAAUACGCGAGCUGAUCGUCAUUCCCGUCUAUGCCAAUCUUCCGAGUGAUAUGCAGGCCAAAAUCUUUGAGCCAACUCCGCCGAACGCCCGGAAAGUUAUCCUGGCCACGAAUAUCGCGGAGACCUCGCUGACCAUCGAUAAUAUCAUAUAUGUGAUUGAUCCUGGUUUCGCCAAGCAGAAUAAUUUCAAUUCCCGUACCGGCAUGGAAUCGCUGAUGGUAGUGCCCAUUUCGAAGGCCUCCGCAAAUCAGCGAGCGGGCCGAGCGGGACGCACUGCACCUGGAAAGUGCUUCCGCUUAUACACGGCAUGGGCGUACAAGCACGAACUGGAGGAUAACACAGUUCCGGAGAUACAGCGCAUUAAUUUGGGCAACGCGGUGCUGAUGCUUAAGGCCCUGGGUAUCAACGAUCUAAUACACUUUGACUUCCUGGACCCUCCGCCGCACGAGACGCUGGUGCUGGCUUUGGAGCAGCUGUACGCCCUGGGUGCUCUGAAUCAUCAUGGAGAGCUGACCAAGCUGGGCAGACGAAUGGCCGAGUUUCCAGUGGAUCCCAUGAUGGGCAAGAUGCUGCUGGCAAGUGAAAAAUACAAAUGCUCCGAGGAAAUGGUGACCAUUGCGGCCAUGCUCUCCGUGAACAGCGCCAUCUUCUACAGACCCAAGGACAAAAUCAUUCACGCAGACACUGCGCGCAAGAACUUCAAUCACAUGCACGGCGAUCACCUGAGCCUGCUGCAGGUGUACAACCAGUGGGCGGAGACGGAUUACAGCACGCAGUGGUGCUACGAGAACUUCAUCCAGUACAGGUCCAUGAAGCGGGCUCGAGAUGUGCGGGAACAGCUGGUGGGGCUCAUGCAGCGUGUGGAGAUCGACAUGGUCAGCUGCCUGCCAGAGACUGUAAAUGUUCGCAAGGCAGCCACCGCCGGGUAUUUCUACCAUGUGGCGCGUCUCUCCAAGGGAGGUCACUACAAGACGAUCAAGCACAAUCAAACGGUGAUGAUACAUCCGAAUUCUUCGCUCUUCGAGGAGCUGCCUCGGUGGGUGCUCUACCACGAGCUGGUGUUCACCUCCAAGGAGUACAUGCGUCAGGUCAUCGAGAUCGAGAGCAAGUGGCUGCUGGAGGUGGCUCCGCACUAUUAUAAGGCCAAGGAGCUGGAGGAUUCAACGAAUAAGAAGAUGCCAAAGGUCGCCGGGCGGGCUGAAAUGGCGCAUUAAAUGGGGGGUUACUAGUUUCAAAUUAAAAACAACUUAUUUUGUUCCCAAUUUUAAGAA